CCCGCCGCGGCCCGCUUCCUCCUCCCGGGGCGGCGGGCGGUGUCGUCGGCCCAGCCUCCCGCCCGGCGCCCCGCGGGCAGCCCCCGGCCGCCGCGCCAUGUCCGCCGACUGGUUCCGGCGCCGCUUCCUGCCGGGGAGUCCUCUCCCCGCGCCGCGGCCGCCCCGGCCCCGCGCCAGCCCCGUGCCCUACCGGCGGCCCCGCUUCCUGCGCGGGUCAGGCUCCAGCCCCGGCACCGCCGACGCCCCGCGCCGCCCGGACGCUCGGCCCGUGCGCAGCCCGGCGCGGGGGCGCGCACUGCCCUGGAACGCAGGCUACGCCGAGAUCAUCAAUGCAGAGAAAUCUGAAUUCAAUGAGGAUCAGGCGGCCUGUGGGAAGCUGUGCAUCCGGAGAUGUGAAUUUCAAGAGGACCAGGAAUGGCUGACCUUGUGCCCAGAGGAGCUCCUGACAGGUCAUUACUGGGCACUGUUUGAUGGGCACGGCGGUCCAGCUGCAGCUAUCCUGGCUGCCAACACCCUGCACUCCUGCCUGCGCCGGCAGCUGGAGGCCGUGGUAGAGGGCAUGAUGGCCACUCAGCCCCCCAUGCACCUCAGCGGCCACUGCGUCUGCCCCAGUGAUCCCCAGUUUGUGGAGGAAAAGGGCAUUAGGGUGGAAGACUUGGUGAUUGGGGCUCUGGAGAGUGCCUUCCAGGAGUGUGAUGAGGUGAUCGGGCGAGAGCUGGAGGCCUCAGGCCAGGUGGGUGGCUGCACAGCCCUGGUGGCUGUGUCCCUGCAGGGAAAGCUGUAUGUGGCCAAUGCUGGGGAUAGCAGGGCCAUCUUGGUGCGCAGGGAUGAGGUACGGCCCCUGAGCUCUGAGUUCACCCCAGAGACUGAGCGGCAGCGGAUCCAGCAGCUGGCCUUUGUCUACCCUGAGCUUCUGGCUGGUGAGUUCACCCGACUAGAGUUCCCUCGGCGACUGAAGGGGGAUGACUUGGGGCAGAAGGUUUUGUUCAGGGAUCACCACAUGAGCGGCUGGAGCUACAAGUGCGUGGAGAAGUCGGAUCUCAAGUACCCACUGAUUCAUGGACAGGGUAGGCAGGCUCGGUUACUGGGAACACUGGCCGUCUCCCGGGGCCUAGGAGACCAUCAGCUCAGAGUCCUGGACACAAAUAUUCUGCUCAAGCCCUUCUUGCUCUCUGUCCCACAGGUGACUGUGCUGGAUAUGAACCAGCUGGAGCCACAGGAGGAGGAUGUAGUUGUCAUGGCGACUGACGGGCUCUGGGACGUCCUGUCCAAUGAGCAGGUGGCACGGCUGGUGUGGAGCUUCCUCCCUGGCAACCGAGAAGACCCACACAGGUUCUCGGAGCUGGCCCAAAUGCUGAUACACAGCACACAGGGGAAGGACGACAGCCCCACACAGGAAGGGCAGGUGUCCUACGACGACGUCUCUGUGUUCGUGAUUCCCUUGCACAACCAGGGCCAGGGGUGCAGUAGCCACUGAGGAUUCAGACACCGCAUCCCAAAACCACUUAGGGGCCAGAUGCAGUGGACAUCCCUCCACCAUGGUCAACAGCAGGUCUGCCUGCCGCAGGUCUACCUGCCCCAGCCCCAGCUCUGACCCCAACCCAUUUCAAGGGGAGCAUUUCUACAAGGCAGUCAGAGCUGGAAGAACUUAGGGAGUCCAGCUCCCCAGGUCCCCCCUUUGGCAGGCAGGGAAAGAGUGCUAAUGUCAAUAAUAAUGUCUGGCAGAGUCAUUUUACAACUGAAGAAUCCAUAUAAGUCUCAGAUAGGAUCCUUAACAGCCCAAUAUAUUAUUCCCAGAUGGGGACAGCUGGAGUAAGGGCAUUGGCCAAUGUCAGGAAGGGCAGACAGCUUAUGUUUGGAUCCAGGUCUCUAAUGCAUGAAUGUCAGGUUAUCUACUCAACAACCCUCAGAGCUCAUGCAGAGUACCUUAUGGGAAGCCUCAUAACUGCUUAACAGCCCUCUUGAAGCAGCCCUUGGAGAGAGACCAGCUCAGGUCCUACCCUGCCACCCUCUGCUGGAGGAGAGGCACAGGCCCAGGGGCUAAAGCUGGGGGAGAACCUAAGGGGUAAGAAAGAGCCCCAGAGCUGGCUGAGUAGUGAAUGACCUGAUUACUGCUCCUGCCUCCAGCCGGGUCUCCUGACUGCUCCUCUCUGGCCCCAGCCCUGCCCUAGGCUGAUGCUGUUUUGUUGCCCCCCCAUCACCUUCCUAUUAAAUGUUUGUGUG